GACUGUAUCACGGCACCGUCGCGCUUAUCGUACUGGUUCUAACCUACGUCCAAUAAAGUCUUGUUCAGAUAUGGUGACUCUCACCGAACUCAUCGCCAAGUUGCGAGAGAUUUUUGCCGAUGAAAACGUGGACGUCGACGAGGUGAUCAAAACUAUGGAGUCGUACAAGAGCAAUGAGGACGAAUGGAGGCGUUUUGCUGCUUUUGAUGAGCAUAAAUAUACGAGAAAUCUUGUGGACGUUGGUAAUGGCAAAUAUAACUUGAUGCUCUUGUGCUGGGGACCCGGAAUGGGAAGCAGCAUCCAUGACCAUACGGAUUCACACUGUUUCGUCAAAAUGCUGGAUGGAACUCUUUUGGAAACGAGAUAUGAUUGGCCCAACGAAGAUGAUAAGGAAGCUCCUUUGAAAAAGAUCAGUAUGAAUCGCUAUGAAGUAAAUGGAGUAUCUUAUAUGAACGAUAAGCUAGGCCUUCAUCGAAUGGAAAAUCCCAGCCACUCUGAUUCCGCCGUCUCCAUGCAUCUGUAUAUUCCAGCCUACGAAACUUGUAACGCGUUUGAUGAGAGAACCGGAAAGAAAACAAAAUGUCAAGUGACAUUCUAUACCAAGUACGGCUCCAAGGUAGACUACCGGGCAAGCAAAAGUGGAAAUCUCAUCGAUUACGGAUGUCUAGUGAAGAAUGCUCCGUCAAUACAAUCACACUAAUUUUUCAUGUCGUCAUCUGCCUGCAUAUGAUCCAAAGGAAAUUUCUUUUUUUCCGAUCAAAACCGCAUUUCUUGUCAUCGCAAUUUACGGUUCAGAUUACACAGUAUCUCCUCUUCGUACGCCACAGCUUGCCUCAUAUUCAGUUGAAAUCAUUAACAUUUAUCUUGCAUCAAAGAGCAUGUAUGGAGUUUAUUUUGACAGAUAAAUAUUUAGAUUGUUUA